CUACAAACAUGGCCCUCUCAGCUGAGACUAUGUCCAUUAUUGUGGCAUUUGUUGCCAGCUGUGAAGUCAUAGAUUGUUUUGGUGUCAAUUUAUCCCAUCUUGAUUCAGUCUCGAUGCAUGAUCUGGCCCGAUUACGACUGAUCAACAAGACUUUCUGCUAUUUUGCCUCCGAACACUUCUUUUGAACACUAUCGUGGACGCGGGGGCUAUGGGAGGAGAUCUGCUACAGCCCAUAUGCGAUACAUGUCCGCCAGGUGCAUCUAAUUGACCCAGAUCACGGUUCCGAAAGAAUGAGCUGGGAAAGGAUCACAAUGCAGCUGCCGACAGUCUUGUCCUGCCUACCUAACCUCGAAAAGCUUCGAGGAGGCAUCACUGCUGAAACUGAGGAGUCUGCUUGUGUUUUUCGAUGGGUGGAAGGCGCCCCGCGCGAACGUGCUACUUCAAAGAAACAGGUAGCGCAACUUCUCCGAGGACUGCGUCGUCUUAGCCUUCAGACUCCAUAUGUUAGGGUCCCUGACGCGGGGACGAAGACUCAAUCACUGGCUGCAGACUUCUUAGCAUGUCUCCUCGACUUACCAGAAACUUCUCCGACCCAGUCUGCACCCGAGACAGAGAACGAAAUGGAGCAGGAUGUACCCCCGGACUCUUCUACGCUUGUACUGGAGUUACUUGCGUUGGCCGAAAUGGCAGUUCCUGUUUCUGUGCCUGCCACUUUCGCCACACUGGCAACGCAAUCGCUGCGCCAUUUCGAUAUGCAUCGGGUUUUGCUUGAUUCAGGGAACUGGUGUGACGUUCUAUCGCUACUGAGCCAUAUGCCACAGCUAGUCAAAUUCAGGCUCAAAAGGUGCAAGCAGUGGGGGACGGGCUCUGACCGCGAACUCAUUUGCUUGAACCUGGUCCCUAAACCUCGCGUGGAAGCUGAAGUAGACGAGUGUGACUACAAGGCUCCCCUUGCUUGUCUUCCUCUGGAGCUGGGCCUAGCAUAUGUUGCUGCGCUGCGUCAAGUCAAUACGAGCCGGAGCAUUGCUGGGAUGUGUCCACUGUGAGAUCAGGGAAAGUGGUGGACCUGUCGAUAGCAUGACCCGACUGCGGCAAUGUACAUGCU